ACAUACUAUCCAAUGCGGGUUGCUUUAUAUAUAUAGUCAUCCUAAUCUUAAUGAAAUUGGGUAUUCAGUAUACAAUUAGAUACUAAAACAUGCUUAGACCAAUUACAGACUCAAUCAGCUCUAGGUGCAAUUUUUUGUUUGGUGAGAAUCUCUGAAUUUUUCUGGUAUGCUUUGGAUGCCUUUUCUAUUUUAUGGAAUAUGAUGAUGAUUGUUUAUUAAAGUUAAACGCGUGGUUUUAUUUCCGAGCUUUUCAGGAAGAUGUUAGGACUUCUCUUUUCUGCAAAAGUUUUGAUUCUUGGGUGCACGGACCACGUCUUCUUUUCUCCCAACUCCUUAUUCCUGUUCCUAUGUACAUGUUUUCCUUUGAUAUAGAGCUAAUACCACUAUAUAGCCCAACAGCUAUCAAAUUUUAUACCUCUACAAUCUCUAAAUCUCAAGCCGCUCAUAGUUCAAGAGGAUUAAUGUUCAAUUCAUCUAAAUUUAAUUAAGCCUCAAUUAAUCAGUAGUGACAUUUAAUAAAACUUGUUAUAAGUUAUAACGGUAAACAAGUUUCAUAGUUCAUUCUGUGAUAUGACUGAGACCCAAGCACAUACUUUGGAUGAUUGCGAAUGGGGACGACGAGUAUGGCGCCCCUCCCCCACGAGAGUCUGUUUUGAGAAGAAGGUGAACGAUGAUUGCCGGGCUUGGCUAGAGGCAGUGAUAGAUGUAGUUGAGCAAAAUUUGUUGGAGCAGUGGAGUGUCCUGUUAUACUAUAUCCGGAAAGAACGUAAUGCCCAUUUGUUCAACGGCUAUAAGCUGGACGAGCUGGAAAAUGCAUCUUCUGCUGCUAAGAUGUUAGACGAAUAUCAAACGAGACAUGAGAAGGAGCUCGGCGUUCAGACAGCUGCCCCUGUGAAGCGUUGGAUGGCACCGCCCAAUGGUAGAAUAAAGAUUAACUCGGAUGCGGGUAUACUCCCGGGAGAAGGAGCAGGGCUAGGUGCAGUGGCGAGAGACUUAGAAGGUAAAUUCCUUUUUGCUGCAGCGAAGAAAGUACCAGAUAUAUAUGAUCCAGAAGAUGCUGAAGCUAUGGCAGUUGAGCUUGGGGUGCAUACUGUUGAUGAAGACAGAAACCGAUAAACGAUGAACAGUAAUCGGAAAUAGACACAGACACGGAGUUUACGUGGUAUCCCUGGAAAUCCAGGACUAAUCCACGGAAGAGCUUUGAAUGCUCUUCAGGCUACUGAUUUACUGAUUUACGGGAAGGUUACAGAAUCCAAAAAUGAUGAUGGCGGCAGGACCACUCUCCCUCUUAUACAUCUAGUGUCCCUCUAGGUUAAACUCAACAGCUCUACGUCUAACCUAGUGCAUAGGCCUGCAUGGACAUGACGUAUGGGCUUAACAAUAAUUAAUGGGCCAUACAAUCAUUAACUACAUAAUCUCCUACAUAAACCCAUAUAAACCGUAGCCUAGCAUGAUCAUCACUUAACACAUACGGCAGCCCAACUUAACCUCAAGAACCCGCUGUUGGAGAUGGAUUGUUUGAAUCUAGUGAUAGAUAUCACUCAGGCCGAAAGAAUCAGAACGGAGAAGGGAGUUGUUUGCAGGAACAUCCGGCGAUUGAUUGGUCAAAUGGGAGAAGUUUCAUGGCAUUACGCACCAAGGGAAGCAAACGUUGCAGCUCAUAUAAUGGCGCAUGUGGAAACGAUUUGAAAUGAAAGAUGCGUGUGGGUAGAUAGGCCACCCAUCAUACUUGUAGAUCAGCUAAAUUUGGAUAAUGUAAUCUUUCCUGCUGAUUAAUGAAAGCUCUACAGGUUCCUAGUAAAAAAAAAAAAAGAAGUAAGAGUUGGAAUUAUUAUUUAUGAUUUUCACUUUUAUAAAACUCACACAUAUGUGUAGUAGAAUGAGGCACGAUUAUGUUUCAACCAUGCCAACCCAUCGCAACCCUCAAUUAAUCACAGUCCUAUUAUCUAUAAAUAUAUGGAAGAGAAAUAAAAAAAAGGAAGAAAAUUUUUCAUAACUAAUGAGAUCAAGCAGCAAGCACACAGUAGCUUUCCAGUAGUACUUCUUCUCUUCAUAUUUAUGUUUUUGUUGAUGUAGCACCAGCAGUAGUAGUAGGAAAACGAGAAAAAAAAAACCUGCCAAUCUGGGCCUUGGAGUUGUUGGGCUUCUGCCUCGUCAGCCCACCUCGACUGGACCGACACUCUUUUAUGGUGAAAUGAACUAAGUAAUAACUUUUUAUCAAUAUUUAUAUCUUUUGCUUUUACGACUAAUUAAUUAAUUAACAACAAGCAUCUCGAACCCGGUCGGUCAAGAUCCGUUGACCAUGCUCACGAUGAUAACGACGAGGAAGAAGCCCGCCUCCAGAUGUGCUCGAGUUCCCUGGCGAAGGCCUUCUGUCGGCCCACAAUAAUGGUGAUGUGGUCCUUGUCGUGAACCACCUUAACUCUGGCACGUGGCACCCUCCGCUGCACGUUGAAGCUGCACUCCACCGGGAUGAGCUCGUCGUCGUUGCCGUGGAUGACGUUGACGUCGCAUUUGAGCCGGUCACGGACUUCGUCGAGGUAGCCAUCAAGCUUGCUGCCGGUGCCGCAGAUGAUGUUGUGGAGGGUGUGCCAGGCCGCGUUGUGGGUGUGGCAGAAGAAACCUUCUAGCAAGAAAGUCCUCACCCUGCCAAAACACAAUUCAUCGUCACCGUCAGUAGAUUCAAGCGGGAAAUGCAGGAAUUUUUUUUGGGUGUUAAAUAGAGGUCAUUAUCGUGAAGGAUGUUAUUGUAUCAAUCAAUUCUGAAGGAGAGGGCAGAAACAGAGAGCACCCAUAAAAAUGCAUCUGUGCGGUGCCAUACGUCUCAGGAAGAUGUUCAGUGCAAGUAGUAACAAUAAAUGGAAAACCGAAAGAAAUUGAUUGAUUUCUUCUGUCUUCAUCAGUUUGGUUGGAUGACUUGUAGUCCAUCUACAUUUGACCCAUUUUCAGCCUCGAGUUACUUUCCUUUUUUUCCCUUUUGGCCGGUGAGCAUACCCUAUUUUCUUUCUUUUCUUUAGUUGAUUGUUAACGCAAAAUUGAAUUCUAAGAACUCCUACUAUUAUUUUUUUUUUAAGUGCGAAAUGGAACACUUAAAU